ACCUGCAGCCAUGAACACUGUUACCCUUCUCGUCAUCCUGGCGAUCGCCGGCUCCGUGUGCGCUGCUCCAGCCCCCGGCCAGGAGCAGGACUUUGCCCACAGCGAGUCUCCCCAGUCGGCCUACCUGGGCCUUCCCUCCGGCUCGGAUGACAUCGUCAACCCCAUCGACAUUUCGUUCAGCUGCGCCCACCGGAGCCUUGGCUACUACGCUGACAUCGGAAACGAGUGCAAGAUCUUCCACGUCUGCAACCCCGUUCUCCUGAGCGACGGACAGGUGGCCAUGAUGCAGUACAGCUUCGUUUGCCCCAACACCACCGUGUUCGACCAGCAGACCCUGACCUGCACCAGCCCCCCGGGAACGGCCCCGUGCCAGCAGGCUGAGAACUUCUACUACCUGAACCGCCACGUCGGCCAGGGUGGAGUCGGUGGCGUGCCCGCUGCCUCAGCCCCCCUGCUGCCGCGACCGGCAGUCGUGCCCGAACCCAAGCACGAGGCCCCCGUCGAUCAGAGCCCUGCGUCAGCCGAGCCUGCUAGUGAUGACGACAGCGUUGUGAGGCCAUCGUCCUACUACGGCGGCAAGAGCAGCUAA